AUGCCCCGUACAAGUCCCGCACGCGCGACGCAGCGCAAGCGCCGGAGCCGCAAGGGGUGUUGGCCGUGUAAGUCUCGCAAAGUCAAGUGCGGAGAGGAGCAUCCCGCGUGUAAGAACUGUCUCAAGACGGGAGAUAUCUGUGACUACAGCAUCCGUCUGAACUGGGAGGGCCGCCGCACCAAGCGCUCGCGCCGCGAGACACAGCCUGACUUCGACGACUCCGCCCAGGCCAUUGGGCAGGAGCUGUGGUUCAACAACUUUGCGACAGCAACGCCGACGUCGGCCGGCUCGCCGCAGUUCUUGAUGAGUGAGCCCACCUCGCGGCAGACCAACUCACCGGAGCCCGUGCUCGUGCCUGCGGCCAAGAAGCGGCGUUCGACUUUUGGAGAGCUGACCUUUGUGGACGAGACGCCUUCUCAGGCGGCUUUUGCAGCGCGGAAACGAUUUGGCGACUUGAGCGGCUUGUUCUCGCUCGAAUCUUCCGCGCCUGCGGCGUUCGUGCCGUCGCCGGCCCAAGAUGCGCAACACAACAAGGCCAAGUCCUUCACCGAGCUUCGAAAGCUCGACCUCGGCGAGGCGCACCUGUCGUCAAGCCCCUUCAUGACACACGUGACGGCGUCACCCGUGGUGCCCGACCUACCGUUGACACCCGCGGCGUCUUCGUACAGUGACGACAUCCUCUGCCAGUCUCACUGGCUGGACAAGCUGCCCCUCGGGUCACCAGACUCGAGGCUCUCGAUGAGUAGCGACAUGAUUGACGCGGGUGAUCCGUCGUCUUGGUAUACUGGCCCGGAGCCGCAUCCCGAAACUGAAAAUGGGCAGCGCUUCUACGGCUUUGAUCUGGGCAGGCGGGACGACGACGUAGCGAGUAACGAUGAUGAGGGCGCCGUCUCACUCGUCACCCCGACGAGAUGUGAGCCCCACCGCUGGGCCGUAAAUUCGAGUGAUUUGGCUGGAAAGCAGCCUCCUGCUCCCGGCGGCGGCCAGGUCGGCGGCUACUAUGACGAAGCGGUGCCCAUAUUGAUCCCCUGGGAGCUUGAACCGCUGCCAGACAAGCUGAGGAACAACAAGAUGAACCUGCUGUAUUUUCAUCAUUUCAUCAACCACACAGCUAAGGUGCUCGUGCCGUAUCAUGACACCAACUCGAAUCCAAUGAGUAGAUCUCUUCCACAAAUGGCUUUCCGGAACGAGGGGCUACUGAGUCUCCUCCUUGCCUACUCCGCGGCUCACCGGUCACGCUGGAUGCAGACCAAGGUGCCCGAGAUGCGCAUGGCAGAGUGGGCGCAGGAUGUGUUCCCCGGACUCAGGCAGUCACUCGGCGACGGGCAGCGGCCCGUCUCCGAUACGACGCUGGCCAUGGCAGUAAUGCUGGCAUCGCUCGAGAUCAUGUCUCCCGGGGCGCUGGGCCAGGGUAUUUCGUGGCGGCAGCACCUGAACCUAGCAAGCGAGCUCAUGAUGAAGCGGGUGCAACAGCUUGGCGAGGGGAAGACUGGAGGACAGCUCGAAGGCGAGCGGCUCUUCAUCCGAAGCUGGAUCGCGCGGGCCAACAUGCACGGCAUGCUGAGCCCAUCGAGGACGGACGACGCGGGGUGUCGAAUCCUCCCACUGGACAUGACGACGCUGAUGCCGGAGCUUGAUGAGAUCGACUGCAUCAUGGGCUACUCGGCGAGGUGCGCCAGGCUGCUGGGCCAAGUCGCGGACAUGGCGAGGCGGUGCGACAGGGAGCGAAUAGGGCCCGGGGGCCAAGUGCUCGCGGGUUGGGUGCCGCACACGCGGACCAUUGAGGCGGCGCUGGCGUUGGACCAGGAGCUGACGGAAAGCAUGAAGACGUCGUCGAAGCCGUGCAUGCACGUGCGGACGGGCAACAUCCAGAUGAGGGACCUGGCAGAGAUGGCGGCGACCAACGAGGCGUUCCACUGGGCCGGGCGGGCGCACCUUCAUCGGCGGGUGCUAGGCAAGGGAUCGAGCGACGCCGUCGUUCGGGCGGCGGUUGAGCAGAUGGUGCACUGCCUUGAGCAGACACGGCCAGGAGGCGCAGCGGAGCUGGGGGUGGUGUUUCCCAUGUUCACGGCAGGGUGCGAGGCGGUCGACGAGGGACAGCGCAGCAAGGUGCUGGCGAGAUUCAAGAGCGCAGAACGGAGCGGUAUGGAGCAGGUGAGGCGGGCGAGGAGACUGAUGGAGGCGGUGUGGGACGACGGUCGGCCGUGGGAGACGCUGAUACGGGAUGAGUACAUUGGGUAA